UCCUGCAAAAUGUUUGGACGUGACACAGACGGUGUAUUCGCCGCUCUCUUGAUGUAAUACAACAGUGUUUUAAUAAUGAAGUGAGGUGACAAUGCCAUCAGUGGUAGAGAGUGAAUCUUCACAUGAGGAUUGAGGCCACUUCAGAUGUGAGAGGACAUGCAGAGUCGUCAGUACCUACAGGAGUGGGUGGGCAGUGAAGCGGCGGUUGCCUGACUGUCAAGUUACAAGCCUGAGGUCGUGGCCAGAGUGACGGGUCAGAACGGAGCUCUGCAAUAAACGGUUGACCUCUGGGGAUGCCUGUGUCCCUAUGGGUGUGAAUCAGGCGCAGUAGUUGGAGCAGCUGGCACUCGUGGCAGGCACUGUGGGCGGCCCUGAGACGGCACAGUCAGUAAGGCACAAUUGUUUCAUUCCAAAGCCCUUUGUGCCUGGGCGGCCGCGUGACCUGCCUGGAACUCCCUGAAGGAAUCUGGUCAAGGCCUGGAAACCAGAAGAACAUCAUCUCGAGUAUUGCUGGAAGCGUGUCACGACCCCGGGCACCAACAUCCGGGCCUGCACCUGACAUUCCCGCUCAUCUGGGGAACUUAAGGAAGAAGGUGGUGCACGCACUGAAGAAAGGGUGUGUUUAUAUGUAGUGAAGGCGCCAGUUUCUCUGUCUAGAUUGUUAUGUUGCGAGCACUUGUCUCUGCGGGAUGAUGGCCGUCAGUGAUGCGUGGGAGAGAAAGUGAGUGAGAGUAGAGGUGGGGAGAGUGAGGGCACGUCAUGCUGUCACUCCACGUGACAUUAGUCAGAUCUGUAUCUUGCACACUGCGCCCACAAUGUCGCGAUGUGCAGUUAUCAUCCUCUCAAUGAGAUACGUUCUUUCUUAAGACUACGAAAAAAGUGUUGGUUGGCAAGAUGUUCGCUCGAGGACGACAUUGUUGUGUACGUCGGCAAGGAUGUGCAGAUGCGUCGUGUGGAGUCGAGGACGGUGUAAGGCACAUCCUCCAUGCGAUACCAGACUCCGUGAUAAGUGAAGACAUGGGUGAAGAAUGUGUUGAGGAAAGUAGAGACUGGAGCUACCACAGACCUAGUGCAAUAAGGAUGCUCUCUGCAUCACCAGUGCGAGAAGUGAACUACUUAAGAGUACCUUGCUACGCUACUUCACAACCCUACGAGCACUUUAUCAAAAAUGAAGAUACUCAUAUAUCAGAAAAGCGAGGCACAGGCUCCAUCACUGAGCACGUUAUACCGCACCGGCGGGUCAGAACCCGCCACACCCUCGCCUUCAGACGCCAGUGGUCGCUUCUGCAGGAGGCGUGGCUGGCGACUCUGCUGCUGCUGCUGGCGGCGCUGGCGGGGCCGCUGCUGCCGCCGGUGGCAGCCAACACCCCGCCAAGAUUCGUGCUGAAUGGCCAGAGUGAAAUUGUGAUACGACUGACAGAGGGAGAAGCGACUCCUGUGGGCUCCAAAAUUACCACCUUGCGCGGCUCUGACCCUGACGGCGACGCGUUGACCUUCGGCGUGAGAGGGGCGGAGGGCCGCGACUUACUGAGGAUAGAGCAGAACGGCGCUACAGAAGCCAAUGUGUACCUGAAGAAGGCCUUGGACAGAGAGAUGAAAGACGAGUACACGGUAGUGUUGACGCUGACUGACAACAAGCUGGGUGAAGGACAGUUCAUCACGCAGUCCAUGCUGCUGCUGGUGGAAGAUAUCAACGAUAACGAACCCAUCUUCCGUCCCUACGAGUCCUCGGUGGCCGUGGAUGAGAACGCUCCGCCUCAGGUGCUGGCCACGCUCCUUGCUACUGACCAAGACGAAGGCCCAUUCGGACAGGUAAUCUACAGACUGGACGCUGACUCAGAAAGCGACGCGGAGAAGUUUACAGUGAAUACCCUGGACGGGAAGGCUGUGUUGAGGCUGGUGGGAGACCUAGACUACGAGAGAAAGUCCCUAUACCAACUCAGGGUGCUGGCGAUGGACCGAGCCAUCAGCGGGCGGGUUAACACUGGGACGGCAGCGCUGGUGGUACGGGUCAACGAUGUGGAGGACCAGCCGCCUCAGUUCACGCAGGCACCGCCAGUCACCCGCAUUCCCGAGGACAUCCCCGUCAACUCCGGCGUACUUGAAGUGAAGGCUGUGGAUGGAGACCGUGGCGUUAACAACCACAUUACUUACUCCAUCUUAGAGGGAGACAAAGGUCUCUUCCAACUGGACCACAACUCUGGCGUCCUCUACGUCAAGAAACCGCUGGACCGUGAGAGUCCUCUCUCAAACAACGGAGCCUUCAUUAUCAAAAUUCAGGCCCAGGAGGAGAGCGGUGUGGUGGACCCUCCCCCCACGAUGACCACGGAGGUGACAGUGUUGCUGGAGGAUGUGAACGACGAGACUCCAACCUUCAAAGCGUCGCAUUACGUUGCAGAGAUCGCUGAGGGCUCCCAGUUUAACAGUCCUGUCAACCUUAUCGGCGACGCCAUCCCAGAAGUGUAUGACCACGACCAGGGAAACAACGGAACCUUCAGGAUGUUCCUGGAGGGUGACGGAGGGAUGUUUGACAUAACGCCUCCUGAAGGAGUCAACUUCGCCUCCUUUCUCAUCCGUGUGAGGAACCCGGCGUUGCUCGAUUAUGAAAAGGUUAAAGUGGUGAACUUCACAGUGGUAGCACGGGAAACUGUUGCUGAGAGACCCAAGUCAUCCUCAGCCCUCGUCACCGUCCAUAUACGAGACACCAACGACAACUUCCCGAUUUUCAGCGAGGAUCAGUACGAGGUGUUGAUUCCCGAGGACGCUGCAGUAGGGGCGACGCUGGUAUGGGUGCAGGCUUCCGACCCUGACAGUGACACCUACGGUACUCGGGGCAUCAGGUACACCGACCUGAGGGGCGCCCUAGCCGACAAACUGGAGAUGGAGCCAGAGACUGGAGUGAUCACCUUGAAGGAGGCCGGAGCCUUGGACAGGGAGAGUGUUGCUCAACACUACCUCACUGUGGAGGCCAGAGAUGACCUCGGCCGCGGCAACAGGAACACCGUGGUGGUGAAGGUGGUGGUGGAGGAUGUGAACGACCACCCGCCAGUGUUCUUGCAGAGGCGCUACGAGGCUCGACUCUACGAGAACUCUGCCACCUUCCCUGAACCCUUCGUUGUCACCGCCAGAGAUGAUGACCUCAAUGGCACUGUAAACCACGAGGUUCGCUACACCAUCCUGAGUGGUGACCCACUGAGUAACUUCACCAUUCACCCCCUGAGCGGGGAGAUCAAACCAGCGGCGCCUCUCGACUUUGAGGCCAUCGACCAGGAGGGAGACAUCAGAUAUUUUAACCUCACCAUCAAAGCGUUUGACCUGGGCGAGCGUCCACUGAGCAGCGAGGUGUCCGCCGUGGUCUAUGUAGCUGACGUCAACGAUCACGCACCCCAGUUCGACCGUGCCCUCUACAGGAAAGCUAUCCCCGAGGACACACCUCCUGGCACCUCCGUCACACAGGUAUUUGCGCAUGAUGAGGACGGGUCCUCGGUAAAUCAAAAGGUAGUAUUUCGUAUCCAACAUGGAGCUCAAGACAAGUUCGUGAUGGAGGCAGACACUGGAGUAAUCUCUGUGGCCCAGGGUGCUCUGCUGGACCCGGACAGGACAGAACCCAGAGCCACUACUUACAUCCUGGAAGUGAUCGCCCUGGAUGGUGGCAUUGGCACUGCCCAGCUCCAGGCCAGGACAGUUGUCAACAUUACAAUUCUUGAUGUUAAUAACAAACCACCUGUCUUCAAGGACCCUGGGAGUGUCAGGGUCUUUGAAAAUGAAGAUAUUGGGUCAUAUGUGUAUCGUGUGGAGGCUAUGGACCUGGAUGCUCGACCCCGCCUUCGCUAUUCCAUUGACGCCCACAGUUCUGAGGCUAGAAACGAGGAGGGUGCAAUUGUUAAGCCAUCAGAGUAUGACUUUGCUGGUGCUUUUGAGAUCAGUCAGGUAGAAGGCGUGAUUCGAACUGUAAAUCAGCUGGAUCGAGAAAAAGUUGAAGUGAUCCGACUUGGGAUUGUUUGCGAGGAUAUAGAAGCUGCAACAGAGAAGCAAACAGCUACAGCAACACUGACUAUCAUUGUGGAAGACACCAAUGACAAUGACCCACAUUUCCGUAAAUCAUUUUACCGAAGAAGCAUUGCGGAAAAUGCUAAAAAGGGAACAACUGUUGUGACAGUUGUGGCCGAUGAUGUGGAUAAGAAUCGCACUAUCUCCUACUCAUUACAAGGACCAUCUGAGAUAUUGUCACUUGUGAAUCUUGAUCCUGAAACUGGGGAGAUUGUUGUUGCUGAGCGUGUGGACCGGGAGCAGUUCUCAUGGUUAAACUUUACAGUUCAAGCCACCGACUCAGGUGUACCUCCUCGCUCAAAUACUGCAAAUGUUGUAGUUCAGGUAAUUGACGAGAAUGACAACAAUCCAGUUUUUGUGAACCCUCCCUCCAACCUAACUAUCAGAGAAGAUGCCCCUCCUGGCACACAGGUAGCUGCUGUCACAGCAGUAGAUGCAGAUUCUGAAGAUUAUGGACUAGUAACUUAUCUUCUUGACAGAAAAUCCUCUCAUGGAAAAUUUAAGAUUGAUCCUGAUACUGGGGUUAUUACUGUGGCUUCUUCCUUAAAUCGUGAAGAGUUGAGCACCUUCAACCUACUUAUUGAAGCUUGGGAUAACUAUCAGUUUGGAUACUCUGCAGGCGAGUCCAGGAAUGCCUUCAUGCAGAUUGGUGUGACUAUCGCUGAUAUCAAUGAUGAAGCCCCAGUUUUUGAGGAGCGAGAAGGUUGCACAAUGAUCACAGAGUUCCAUGAACCAAGAGAUACAGUCACUGUUGUGAGAGCUACUGAUGGCGAUGAUCCAUCUUCACCUAAUGGAAGAAUUCUUUUUACUAUUGAGGGUGGUAAUGAAAAAGGUUUAUUUGAUGUUCGUGUAAUAGAACAAACCGCUGCUCAGAUAUUUGCUGCAAAACCAUUGGUAGGACAAUAUGGAAACUACUCAUUGUUAAUACAAGCACAAGACAGAGGAUUUCCACCAAAUUCUGUUACAUCACAGAUCAAUAUUUGUGUGGCUGAUUUUAAUGAUCAUGCACCUCAGUUUGUCUCUCCAUCAGCUAAUCUAACAAUACGUGUUCCUGAGAAUGCCACUGUUGGAAGUUUGGUGAUCCAGGUGCGAGCCACAGAUGAAGAUAUAGGAAUAAAUGGAGCAGUACAUUACAGAAUCUUAAAAGAUGCAUUAGGUAACUGGCAGACAUUCACCAUUGAUCAGGUUACAGGGGCAGUACUACUUCAGAAACCGCUUGAUCGAGAGAGACAAAAGAUUUACGAGAUCCGUGUUGAAGCAUAUGAUCAAGGCGUUCCAACCCCACUAUCUAGUGAUCUUGACUUGACUAUUUACGUCAGAAAUGUAAAUGACUUUGAGCCUCAGUUCUUGCAAGAUGAAGUAACAGUAAAUUUUACAGAACAUAAGGCACCAGGUACAGAAAGGGCAAAGUUAGCAGACACAGUAGACCUGGAUGAUGUUGAUGAAGACAGAAGUGCCCAUGUAUGUUAUUUCAUCGUUGGUGGAGAUGAAUAUGGAACUUUUAAUCUUGAGAGUUUCUCGCAUGAACUUUCAACAAUGAAGGAGCUGGAUCGUGAAAUUGAGGACCACUACACGCUACUGAUCAAGGCCACAGAGGACUGCCUCACGUUACCUGAGCCUGUUGCCUUCUUCGACCCCCGAGAUGACACACUUUUAAAAGUUUAUGUGUUUGUUAAUGACAUCAAUGACAAUGCUCCAAAGUUCACCCGUGAAGUAUUUACUGGAGGCAUAACAACUGCAUCACACUUUGGCCUCGAAGUCAUGAGAUUAACGGCUGUUGAUCCAGACGCAAAAGAAAACAGCCGUUUGAGGUACUACAUGGAUGGCAGUGUACAAGAGACCCUUUCAGAAAACCUGGAUAAUGUCCGCAGAUCUCCAUUCAUUGUUGAUCCUGUUUCUGGAAUUGUGAAAUUAAAUUUUGAUCCUCAGAAGGGAAUGAAAGGAUAUUUUGAUUUUAAGGUAUAUGUUAAUGACUCGAGUGGAUGGAGUGAUCGAGCCCGAGUGUUCAUCUACUUACUUCGGGAGGACCAAAGAGUUCGGUUUAUCCUUAGGCAGUCACCUGAUGAGGUACGAGAACAAGUAGAGUACUUUCGUGACUACCUUGGGAAUAUCACAGGAGCUAUUGUGAAUGUGGAUGAUUUUCGAGUGCAUGAAAAUCAUGAUGGAACUGUUGAUAAGACAAAAACAGAUUUGUACCUGCACCUGGUGGAUCGUAAUGAUAACUCUGUUCUAGAAGUGAAGCAAGUGUUGGCCAUGAUUGACAAAAAUGUUGAGUACCUGGACAAUCUCUUUAAGGAAUUAAAUGUGUUGGACACUCAGCGUGCAGAGUUGAUUACUGCUGGUACAGCAGAGGAGGACCUUCUCUUCUUGUGGCUGGUUGGAGUGAUUAUCUUCCUGACUCUUCUGCUCGUCCUCACAGUGGCUCUGUGCCUAUCCCAGAGAGCACGAUACUCAAGGCAGCUCAAAGCUGCCACUGCCACUGCAUUUGGAGAAUGUUCACAUGAUACAGGCCUGAAUAGAUCAUCAACUGUCCCAAACACAAAUAUUCACAGUGUUGAAGGAAGCAAUCCAAUAUGGAUGUCUGGAUUUGAUAAUGACUGGUACAAAGAUGAGGACUCAAUUAGGUAUCAACACUUUGUUCACCAGAGUGAAGGAAAUGACAGUUUAGAUGACAAUGCUGUGGACACAUCUUUAUCCCCAAGAGGGGACCGUGACAUGCCCUAUAUUACUCAAACUAAUGUUCCAAAUCCAUUAUCAAGGGAAUCCAGUACAGUGGGUUCCAAUACCCAGCUGAUGAAUCACGAACAGCAGAAUAUCAAUGACACUUACCGAGCUAAUCUGUACCAAACUUUCCACAAGAUUGCCAACCCUCUCGUUGAUAAAAAACUUGAAACUACAGAACUUUGACAGUUGGAUGUAGGUGUAAAGAAUGAGACUGACUGUUAAUUUUGAACUUUUAUAGUCAAGAGCCCCCAGAUGAUACUGCAUUUCUAGCCAGUACACCGAAAGUUUUCUUUGAAGAAAAUUUGUAUGCAUGCCUUAAAAUGUCAGUGCAAUAUCUGAAAUACCAAGUUCCUUAUAUCUUACUCGCAGUGAAUUGUGGGUAGUAGAUCAAUUGUGAUACUUGUCUGGUUUGCCUGUCAGCUAACUCAAGUUAAAUAAAAAGCUUUCAAGAGAAAAAUGUAUGAACAAAUGUGUGAUCAAUGUUAAAUAUUUGUUGCAUUUUUAAGUACGUUCAAAUAAAUGUAUUUUAGCUGAUAUACAAAAAAAAAAAAAAAGUAUGUAGAUCUUAAAAUAGUUAAAACCAAAGGAAUUUUCUUCAUGUUCAUAUUAUAGCUUAUGGCAAAACAUAAGUGAAACAUACAAUUCACUUCAAUGCCUAGGAAAAUGAUCAUGCAGAGAAGCUGAGCAGGUCUUUAACCACCACCAUUUGAAAACCUAAUAUUCAUUAAUCCUUAAAGCAUAACAUUUCCACAUAUCACUCAUUUUACAUUCUGUAUCCCAUUCCAUUUUUUCUAACUACAGUAUCCAUAUGUCUGCUCUUCCAUAUUUAUUUACAUGUUAAACUGCUCAGUUCUUUUUGUAUCCUCACUAAUGUGGAUUUCCUUUAUCAAAUGAAGUUUACAGUGUAUAACUAUUAAUUGUACUACUGUUUGACAUCAUCCCAUAUCGUGCCUAAAUAUUCAUGUAAAUUUUUUUUUCCAUUUUUGUAUGAAAUAUACUAUAUUUCAUAAUUUUAUCAUACAACGACUUUCUGCAUUUACUCAGCAUUUUGAGUGAAGUGCUCCAUAUUGUAGAUAUAUGUUUAUACAUUUAUAUUACAUAAGUGAUUUAAUAUCUGGAUUACAAUAUUUGAUACAACGAAUUUUUUAAUAGCACAGUGAAAAAAUAAAAUUGUACAUUGUU